ACGCGAGAGUUAAAAGGGAGAGUCUGUUGUGCUGGCUUCAUCUACCCUCUCUGGCCGACCAACCACAGCUGGCUGACGUUAACUGCGCUGCUGUGAUUUUUUUUCCUGGCAAUGUCGCCACAGAUAUUUCGUAAUAUUGCAAAUGCAUGGGCUUUCAUCAGUGGGUAGGCUCAAUCACCAUUGUGUUACCUCAUUCGGCUCAAUAGAUGAUUUAACAGAUCUAAAUCCAAAAAGAUUUAAAUGAAAAGAUUAUUUCAAGCCUGUUACCUGUGAUCUUGCAACAUUAAAUAAAUUAGGUUUCUUAUUUUUUUUUUAGCUAUUGUGCGUGUUUCUCCCCACAGCAAUGCUGGACAGCAAAUUCAAGAAAGACUUGUGCUUCAAGCGAUCUGUUCGUCUCUAACUUGCAGAUGAGUUACCCUCAGUCGUCACUUCCCACAACUGUGGGAUCAGAAGAGAUGGCUCACAAAACGUGAAAAUACAUUAUGUCCCACAAGACCCAGGAGUCAAGAUCUGUGCAGUGGGCACAAGCUGAGGUCACUGUGCUGUUGUUGGUGGGUCAUCUUGAGUGAUUUGUCCACACAUGGGCAGUAGGCGUUGAUGACGAAGGAGCAUAAGCCCCUUUGCCCUCUUGAGAUGCUGCUGUGAUCGUGGUUCAAAGGCCAGGCCAGUCAUGCUCCACUCUCCUCAAUCUCCUUAUUCAGUUUGUGACACUCUCUGCCCUCUCUCACCCUGAUCUGCAUUCCACGCAUGCCCACCCAGUUCACGUCCCAGCCUGGCACUCUGGGGUCCUGCAGACUAAGGCACGCCCUGCUAAACAAAAGCAGCAGUGUCGUGCCUGAGCAUGACGUGUGGGAUGAGUAGCACGAAUGCAGUGCGCCUUCUAAGAAUCGGGGCCACAGUAUCGAGAGAACUCGCACGCAAUGAAUGGCUGAAACGUUAUGACCACAUAUUGCUACAUUCUGCCUAGCAGAGCCAAAUAGACUUGUCACUCAUAGUUGAAUGUUCAUUUUAUUCUCUGUUGAAAUGUCUAUCUUGCACAAGAGAUUGUAUUGAGACUGGCGCUUUCACAAGCAUAGGAUACCAUGUUUACUGCAUGUCAUAAUGUUUACUCCCAUUCUUAAAAUAUAAAAAUAUUGACAGCUUUUAAUGCAUCGAUUAGAGAAACAAAUGUAAACUACCGGUAUAUUUCAGGCAUCUACACAGUAUUUCGUGACAAUCCAGGCUGUGUAGAUUGCUCAGUUUGUUUUGAUGUUUUUUUGGUAAAUGUGGUGCAACAGGUAAUGGCUGUUUUGUCUGUCUACAUUCUUCCUUUAGCAUAUGUACACACAGUUUGCUUAAUAAGCAUUAUAAACAAUACAGAUACAGAGUGGUCUUGAUCAAGUGGUACAAUUAGAGCCUUUGUGCUUUGGCUUUCUGCAUUUGUUCUUUUUAUGCUUUUCUCUACCCCACCUAUCAGCUUACAGCUCAGACUCCAGUUUCUCCACUCAAUAGUCCUCUGUAUGUAGACAGAAUGGGGACUAUACAGCCUCUCUCCUCCCCUCCCUUUUUGUCUUUCUCCCUGCCCUUUUUUUUUUUUUCUUUCACACUGAAUAACAAGUGCAUGUCCCCUGACACACUCCCUGACGUCACAGAUGGAUAGAUGAGCCUCCCUGCAGAGCUUUAUUCAGCGAUAUCAGUUUUUAGAAUUGAAAGUUGAGGGGGAGGCGGCAGGUGGCCCGAGGCAUCAGGUGUGCAUGUGGAGAGGCAGCAACCAGAUGAAUGAGCUCUGUAGCACUGGACAUGUGAUAAGGGAAGCACGGGACUGUGCUGCAGUAUGUGCAUGUCGAGAUCUGACAUCGGACAACGGCUUGGGGGGAGAUCAACUUUUAACGAAAAGAAGAGGACAAUGCAGUUGGACGAGAAACGCGGGAUUUAUGUAUGAGGAGUGGCUUCUGAUGGCAGAGAGAGAGCUCUCACAUGCCUCCAUAAUAGACCCUUCAUGGAGUCCUAACAAAGAGCAGACAUAGCCCUUUUAGCUGUGUUUGGUAAUCCUUGAUUCUGCUGAAUCAUGGCUGGCAAGCAAGGGAGGCAGUGGAGGUCCAUGUGCAAAGGCCUGGUCCUGGGUACCCUCCUGACCAGCUGCAUGAUCCUGCUUUACUGCCUCUCCACUCCCCAGAUCCACUACAGUCUGCCUGAUUUUCCUUGUUUUCCUCUGUGUAGAGUUCCAGUGCCUUACUCCUGUGCCCAUCGUCCAUCCCAGCUCCACCCUAAACCAACCACAAACGGCUCACAACAAACCCCGAGUCAGACCUGCACUCCUAAGGUGGAUAUCAUGUUCAUGAAGACCCACAAAACAGCCAGCAGCACCUUCCUCAACAUCCUUUUUCGCUUUGGGGAGAAGCACCGGCUCAAAUUUGCCUUCCCUGACAGCAGAAAUGACUUCUUCUAUCCAUCUCUUUUCCAGCGCUCCCAGGUUAAAGACUACAGACCUGGGAUGUGCUUCAAUAUUAUCUGUAAUCACAUGCGCCUUAAUGCACCCGAGGUGGCCAAGUUGCUACCUAUGGACACUUCCUACAUCACUAUUCUGCGAGACCCUGCAGAGCUUUUUGAGUCAUCCUUCCACUAUUUUGGCCAGCUGGUGCCAUUUACCUGGAAGAUACCAGGUGAUGAUAAGCUGACUGAGUUUCUACGUGACCCCCAUUACUACUUUGAUCCACAGGGCUUCAACUCUUUCUACCUCAAGAAUCUGCUGUUCUUCGACUUUGGACAGGACAACACUCUGGAGCUGGAUGAUCCGCAGGUAGAAGAGGUAAUCGGAUUCAUUACUGAGCGUUUUCAGCUGGUCAUGUUGGUGGAAUACUUUGAGGAAUCACUCAUUCUUCUCAAGGAUGCCCUCUGCUGGGAGUUGGACGACGUGCUCUUCUUCAAGCUUAAUGCCCGCAAGGGAUCCACUGUGUCUAAACUCACCACUGAGCUGAGGGCCCAGGCUCUUGAGUGGAAUGCUAUUGACUGGAAGCUAUACCAGCAUUUCAACCAGACCUUUUGGAAAAGAGUAGAUGCAUAUGGACGGCGGCGCAUGGCUGAGGAUGUGGCAGAGCUCAGGAGAAGGAACACGGAGAUGGCAUCCAUUUGCAUUGAGGGUGGUCGUGCUGUAGAAGCUGGCAGCAUCCAAGAGACUGCCAUGCAGCCCUGGCAGCCCUUUGGACAGAAGUCCAUCAUGGGCUAUAACCUGAAGAAGAAUGUGGACAAGGCACAUCGAAAGUUGUGCCGAAAGAUGUUGAUGCCAGAGCUUCAGUACUUAACAGAGCUUGGGGUUAACCUGUGGAUCACCAAGUUGUGGGGCCAUGUCCGAGAUAUCCUUAACUGGUGACUAGACAUGUGAGCAAGGGGGCCAACUCAACUCUGACAGAAUGUAUUGAAACAAGAUGAAUCUGUGUGGAUGAUAGAGUUAAAGGUUUCUGUCACAUUUCAAUCCUAUGACCUGUCUUGUUUUGUUUAAAUGUAUCAACAUUUACUUGUUUGCUUUUCAUAUGAUUAUGUGCUGUAAUGUAUCUGAUGGAUGUUUGAGAAAAACACUUCACAAUCUACAAAUACUGAACCAGUUUCCUAAACGCAGAUGAAGCCUAGUAUUGUUCUCCAUGUUUGUGAGUCAAUUUUCCAAAAUAUCAAUGUUCUUACUCUCAGAUGUGAGCUUGUUUUAAUGAAGCAGAUGACUGAACAAUGAAGUCCGGGACUACUUUGAUAAGCUCUUUAAUGGAAUAAAGACAAAAAUGUUGCCAUACCUGCCAACUUUAAAGGUUGUUUGAAGACACAGAAAGAAUGGUACUUUGCUUUGAGCUUAAUAUUGUCUUUGAUGUCCAUCCCCCAAAGUUGAAACAUCUAAGUUCUAAGAGACUGAAAGACCACUAAGGGCUAAAGUACAGAUGUGAAAAUAGUGAAUGUACUACAUCCUACUUUACUGUCUGUGGAGGACAAAAACAUCCAUCAUUUUUAAAAUAGGUGAACAAAUACAGAUCUUUCUAAUGGCAGACAUUUUCACAUUCACAAGGAAAGCACAGGUGCAACUAAUAACAUAAACGAUCAUUCCGUUCCUAUUAUUAAUUACGCCUGUGCAGUAACAUGUCAAAAUGUCUGUCAUGAAAUGGGUCUGAUCAUUAAUAUGUAAAGGAAUCAAUAAAUUAGAAGUACAGCACUAUGCAUUCAAGAAGAAAAAUAAUUUCCUUAUUCAUUUCCUUUUCUUAUCUGUUUUUAUAGCAUACAGUAUAAUGUGUUGUAUGUUGAGUUUUCUGCCAUAUGAUAUAACAUUUUCGAUUCUUUGUAAUUUUAAGCCAGUUCUCCUUUCUCCUGAUAUCACAGUGUUAAUCCUAGGAACAUUCGCCCUUGCCAGGUGUUUUGGCAGGUACAUUGAUGAGUUGAAUAGUGAGCCAAAGAAAAUUCAUUGUCAGCUAAGUCUGGUAAAUCCUAUCAAGAAAGCUACUAUGGCACUAACUAACUGUUAAAACCACCUACAUGUCUUUACACCACAGUUAUUAUAAUGAACGAAAACUGAAAUUAAAAUGAAAAUAAGCAGUGAAAAAUAUUA